AACAUUUCGCCUGCCUUGGCACGCCGGCUGACGGACAGUAUGUGAGUAAAAGUCAUGUCAUUUGGUUGUGAUUUGACUAGUGUUGAGUUAGUACAUACUACUACGAAUUUGAUUAAGCAGUCCGAAAAUUGAGCACCACUUACCUGGCCAUUCGGCAAUAAAUAAACAGUGCAAAUAAGAUUCUAAAUCUUGUGCUCUUUAAUAAAUAGCCAAAAAAAACUUAGUGACUAGUUGCGGUUUAGCUAAUUGCAAAUAUUGCUUGAAUUUGUGGGCUCAGUUGUUUGCUGCACGAUGAGCAGUAAGGGUGAAAUCAGACGACGUGUGAUGACGCCUAACGCUAAUACGCACACCACCGAUCCGUUGCUGCAGCAGCGCAACGAAACAUUUCGUACCCGCAAUUGUUGGCAACGUCUCUUCGUUGAACAUGGCAAACUCAAAUGGUAUUGGGCACCUGUCUUCCUCAGCUUCUGGGUACUACUCUACUAUUGCAUUUCCAUACCCGCCUAUCAUCGACUACCCAAACCGAUAAAUAUUGCCGAUGAGGCGCGUUAUCCGGAUCGUUUCAUAGCGGAGAGAGCCGAACAAAAUUUGGCCAAACUCAUUGAACUGGGUCCACGUGUGGUGGGUAGCAGGGCGAAUGAGGAGGGUGCCAUCAAAUAUUUUCAAAAUUAUGUGGCCAAACUGAAAGCCGAAGCUAAUCCUAUAUAUGUAAUCGAAAGUGAUAUACAAUUAGCUUCCGGUAGCUAUUGUCAUUGGAACAUGGUGAAUAUGUAUCAGGGCAUACAGAAUUUCGUCAUUAAAAUUGCGCCGAAGGAGACGAAUAGCACUUCGUAUUUGUUGGUGAAUAGUCACUAUGAUUCGGUGCCGCAUGGUAAAGGCGCUGGUGAUGACGGCACUAUGGUGGCGAUUAUGUUGGAGACAAUACGCGUCUUAUCCAAAUCGGAUAAACCGCUACGUAAUCCCGUUGUCUUCCUUUUCAAUGGCGCUGAAGAGAAUCCACUACAGGCCUCACACGCUUUCAUUACACAACACAAAUGGGCCAAAAACUGCAAAGCUUUAAUAAAUUUGGAUUCUGCUGGCAACGGUGGACGUGAAAUUCUUUUCCAAUCAGGUCCUAAUCACCCUUGGUUGAUGAUGCAUUAUCGACGCGCCGUUAUGCAUCCAUAUGCGUCGACAGUGGCGGAAGAGAUGUUUCAACGGCACUUUAUACCGUCGGAUACUGAUUUUCGAAUUUUCCGCGAUCAUGGACGUUUGGUGGGUUUGGAUAUGGCUCAUCAAUAUAAUGGCUACGUCUAUCACACACGCUACGAUGUACCGGAGAUUGUUCCGCGUGGCACCUUCCAAAAUACCGGCGAUAAUGUACUAGCGUUAGUACGAGAAAUUGCCAAUGCGCCUGAGUUAGAGGAUCCAUCGCGCGACGCCGAGGGACACACCAUCUUCUUCGAUGUGCUCGGUCGUUAUUUGGUCUUCUACACGGAAACCGAGGGUAUCAUUUUAAAUGUAUUCGUCUCCAUAGUUGCGAUCGUUACAUGCUCCCUCUCAUUCAAACAAAUGGCCAACAGUACGGGCACAAAAUUCGGUGGCAUCGUAAAUCGUGCGCUCACACUACUCGGCGUACAAAUACUCGCUGUGAUCAGCGCAACAGCGCUUUGUUUUCUGGUGGGCGUCUUCAUGGAUCUCAUACAUUUGCCGAUGUCUUGGUUUACAAAUUCUUGGCUCAUUUUGGGUUUGUACUUUUGUCCGCUGUUCUUCGGUUUCGCCAUAGUGCCGGCACUAUACUUCCACUCGCAGCGUAAGGAGCGCUUCCCACUCGGUUAUCGCGUGCAAAUAUUGCUGCACUGUCACUGCCUCUUCUUGACUUUCGUUAUACUGAUCGCUUCCAUUGCCGGCAUACGUUCCGCUUUUAUGCUAAUGAUUGCUGUGCUGUUCUACUCAAUCGGGUUGAUCAUCAAUUUGUGUACCAAAUUGCAUAAUAAAUCAUUACCUUGGCUGAUACCGCAUAUACUCUGCAAUAUUCCACCAUUCCUCUUCUACGCCUAUCAAGCGCAUGGUUUCUUUGUCAGUUUUAUUCCAAUGACCGGACGCUUUGGCGCCAGCGUCAACCCUGAUCUGAUCAUCUGCGCGUUUACAGUGGGCAUGGGUUUACUCACUGGUGGUUUUAUGAUUCCUGUACUGAAUCUGUUCCACAAGUCCAAGACUAUAAUUUGCUCCCUACUUACAUUUACUGUGCUCUUCAUAAUACUUGCGGCGACACCUAUAGGUUUCCCAUAUCGACCGGAGACUAAUGUGCAACGCUUCUCCGUUUUGCACACCCGUCGCGUGUUCCAUGAUGAAGCGAACGCUGUACGUCGCGUAGAGACUGGCUACUUCAUUUUACCGCAAGAUCGACGCACUUAUUCAGUCAAAAAUCACUUACUCAACAUGUCUUUGGCACAAACGCUCGAUAAAGAUUGCGCUGAAGAAAUGAUGUGCGGUCUGCCACUUUACAAUCAUCGUUGGCACAAGGCACGCGCUUCAAGUGUCUGGAUACCUGGUCCGGAUCCCAAGUUCUACAAUACAGAGCCACAAUUGAAACUGAUUUCAAAGGAGCAAUUAAGCAAAACUUCGAUACGCUAUGAACUCGAGUUGAGUGGUCCCGAUCACAUGGGUAUCUAUAUAAAUCCGUUGAAGGAGCGCAAGAUCAACGCUUGGUCAUUUCAUUACACGCCAUUGCGCUUAGAUUGGAAACCACCAUAUUUCAUUUAUUUCUCUUACGGCAAGGAUAGUAGUCCAUUGAAAUUUACUCUCGAAUUUGAGAAUCCCACCGCAGAUUGGAGCACACCGAUAUUUGAGAUUGGCAUCGCUGGCCAUUGGAAUCAUGAUGAGACCAUACACACGGCAGAGUUCAGAAAAUUCUUGCAAAGCUUCCCCAAAUAUGUGGAUGCGAUUGCAUGCACAAUGAGCGGAAUGAAGUUCGAAUUGCACAACAAUAACCACAUUGCGCACAAGAAAUUUGAUUGGUACUGGGCGCCCAUUUAUUGCGCGGUCUGGUAUGCGCUCUUCUAUGCCGCCGUCAUACCGAGUUUCUACAAUUAUCCAAAGACAUUGCAAAUCAGCGAAGAACAACAACAUCCCGAUGAAUUUAUAGGACAACGCGCCGAACAACAACUAAUCGCAUUGGAUGCUAUUGGCGUAAAGCUUACGGGCACUGUGGAAAAUGAAGUUUUAGCCAUCAAUUUUCUGCUUGGUGAAAUUGCGAAAGUCAAAGCAGAAGCACGUCUGGAUCUCUACGAUAUCGAAGUGGAAGUGCAAUACUCUUCGGGAAAUUUUGAGCUGUGGCGCAUGGCCACCAGCUAUCGCAAUGUCUCCAAUGUGGUGGUGAAGCUGGCGCCAAAGAAUAUUAAAUCCGCUUCGUACUUGCUUGUGAAUUCGCAUUUCGAUUCGGAAGUGCACUCGCCGGCGGCCGCAGAUGAUGGUGUGAUGGUCGUGAUUAUGUUGGAGACCCUCCGCGUGAUUGCCAAAUCGGAGAAACCGCUUAUGAAUCCCAUUGUAUUUCUCUUCAACGGCGCUGAGGAGAGUAAUCUGCUGGCGUCGCAUGGGUUCAUCACGCGACACAGAUGGGCGCAGUAUUGCAAAGCCCUAAUCAAUCUGGAGUCAGCUGGUUCGGGUGGUCGCGAAAUUCUCUUUCAAUCGGGUCCCAACCAUCCCUGGCUCAUGAAAUAUUAUAAACAAAGUGUACCACGCCCCUUUGCAACCACAAUUGCCGAAGAAUUGUUUGAAAAUAAUUUCAUACCGUCCGAUACGGAUUUCCGUAUCUUCCGUGAGUAUGGCAUGCUGCCGGGUCUCGAUAUGGCACACACACUUAACGGUUAUGUUUAUCACACUAAAUUCGACACUUUCGCAAAUCUGGAACGACACACGUGUCAGACGACUGGUGAUAAUGUCUUGGCGUUAACUUGGGCGCUGGCCAAUGCACCUGAAUUGAAGAGUCCAGAGGACUACGCUGAAGGUCACACGGUCUUCUAUGAUUAUCUCGGCUGGUUUAUGAUCUUCUACACUGAAGACACUGGUGUCGUACUCAAUAUCACAAUCUCCAUUUGCGCUAUCAUAGUCAUCUUAGUGGCUGUCUUCCUAAUGUCACGUGCCGAUGACGCAGACACAGCCAAGCGUGUCUUCUUACGCUUCCUUACCAUAUUGGCUGUACAGAUUGUAACAAUCGUGGCGGCAGUGGGUCUUGCACUGAUAGUUGCGGUUACCAUAGAUGGUAUCGGUGCCUCAGAGUGUUGGUACUCAGAGCCAUGGCUCAUCUUUGGCAUAUACUUUUGUCCUAUAUUCUUUAUAAUGUGUUUGCUGCCGGCUAUCUAUAUGCGUUGGACCAAAGAGGGGACCAAUAUGCGCCAUGAUGACUCUAUCGCCUGCUUCAUGCAUUCUCACUGCCUCAUUUUGGUGUGCAUUUGCUUGGUUAUGACUAGUUUGAGUAUACGUUCGGCUUUCUUCCCCAUGAUUGCCAUCUUCUUCUACACAAUAUCGGUUGUGCUGAAUAUUAUAAAUCUACUUUGGGGCAAGAAAUACUUGUACUUGCCCAUACAUCUUCUCUGUCAGCUGUUGCCAUUCUGGUUCUACACCUAUCUAACAUUUGCCUUCCUCAAAACUUUCAUACCGAUGCAAGGCCGCGAUGGACCAACAAGUAAACCGGAAUUUUUGAUUGCCGGUCUUUGUGCCAUAAUGAGCAUACAUUUCGGCGGUUUCAUUCUUCCUAUAUUACAUAAGUUCCGCAAAUCCAAAACAUUCAUAAGUUUAUUUGGAGGUCUGUUUCUGAUAUUCAUUAUGAUUGCUUGUCUACCCGUUGGCUUUCCAUAUAAGAAGGAUGUGGCUGUACAGAGAGUUUACGUCUUACACACAACACGUACUUUCUACGAUGAGCGAGGUUUCGUCUACAAAAAUGAAACGGGUUUCUAUGUGCAACCCGUCGAUAAGCGUAUAAACACUUUGAAGAAAACAGUUUUCCAAUAUGCUGAGCCUAAAUCGAAGAUACAAGAAGAUUGUGAGACUGAAAUUUUUUGCGGUUUGCCAUUGUAUAAUUCGAGGUGGAUGGAUUGGAAAAACUCCUCACGCUGGGUAGUGGCACCAAGUCCAAAUCUACCCAUACCAACUGAAAUCAAAUUAACCUCAAAGGUUUAUAUUACACCGACACGGGUGCGUUAUGGCUUUAGCUUAAAGUCAGCAGAUCGCGUUGUGAUCUAUGUAGAUCCUUAUCCAAAUACGAAAGUGGUCGAUUGGACCUUUGAUAAGAAGCCAUUGAAAAAUAAUUACUCCACACCUUACUUUGUGUAUCAUGUCUAUUCGAUGGAUGAUAGACCAUUGGAUUUCUGGAUAGAAUUGGACCGCGGUUCUUCAGACUAUGAGGGCGCCGCUUUGCGUCUUGGUAUCGGUGCACAUUUUCUAUAUCAUGAUGCCUACUACACUGAAGAAUUCAAAGAGUUCCUCAAGCUGUUUCCCGAGUGGUCAUAUCCGAUAGACUGGUUAGCUUCAUAUGAGAGUCGCAUAUUUUAGUAAAUAAUGACAAAUAUGUUUUCGAAUUUAAGAACAAUAAUAAUUAUUUUAUACUCUACAAAGUGACUAAUUAAAAAAAAGAGAUCGUGUUGUCUAUAUAAAUAUAAACCAAACUUAGUGAACGUAUUUUUCUUUGGAAUCAAAAUAGAUGAAAUCGGACCACCUCUCAUACCAAAUUCAUGUUGAAAACUACUAACAGUGGGCGAAAUCGGUUCACAACUGUCCCUACUUUCCAUAUAACACAUUUUUGAAAUUUAACUUAGUCUUGUUUACAUUUUUCUCGAGGUCAAUGACUCUGGACGGGUAUUGUUUACGUUGUUUGGAUAGUUUGUUCGGAUUUUGGGGGAUACGAUUUGUUUAGAUUUGGAUGUGCCAUGUGGGAUAAGUUAUUUUACAUGUUAGGAGUCACGAGAAGAGUUUAUUUACAUUUUGGGUAGUCAUGUUGGGUCAUAUAUGUAGGACCUUUGAGGAUCACGUGGGUCUGCUUUGUUUCGAGAUUAUUUAUAUUAGGGUUAACUUACAUUUUGAGGGUCGUGUGAGGUGAGAUCUGUUUAUAUUUUGGGUGGUUUAAAGGUGGUUAGGUAUACUUGCUUUUAUUUUGAGGGAUCACAUUGGAUAGGUUGGUUUAUAUGAGAGGAUCAUAUGGGAUGUUUAUGUUUUGAGGUUUGAGUGGGCUGCGAUCUAUUUACAUUUUGAGGGGUUACGUGGGAUAGAUUCGUUUGUAUUUUGAAAGUCAAGUAGGGACAACGGGUGGUAAAGUUUGUUUGUAAAGUGAAGUGAAGUCUAGGGGUAGUUAUUAGUCACAUCAGGUCAAAUGUGAGGAAAUCUAUCAAUGAACAGAUUGAUAUACUAAAUUCGAUAAGUUUCGAUAUUCUAUAUGCUUGUUUGUCGAAUAUAAAAUCUAUUUUAUCAAAUAAGUAAUUUUGGCUUUAUAUACAACUGUCGUCUACAAGUACUUGCCAUCUUUAAAUACUUGGAAAUACCGAGCGCAUAUAAUUCUGUCUGCCCCCGAACUUAACCCUUUAAUUUUUUUUAUUUUCUAUCUUUGUAGUAUAAUGUUAUUGUCAAAGAUAUAGAUCAAAUAAUAUAAAAACUAAUACAUAGAUAUGUAUUUUUGAUUAUAAAUAGUUUUUAAAAAAUUAAAAUAAAAUAUAUAACAAAAAGAA